UCUAGCUGCAACAGCAUUUUUCACAAGGCAUUCUUGCAGGUAGUGUAGACUUCUAGGUACAGGGAAUGCACUCAACAAUUUAACAAGGACUUCCUGUUACCAAGGGCCGCAGUGAAAACGAUCUUCCUUUAAUGUAAGGAACAGGUGAGGAACAGGCAGAACCAGAUUCUCCAGGUGUGAAGCAAGCAAUCUGUGCCUCGAAUUUGAUAGCUACAGCAAAUGGACAAUUUUAUCUCCGACUUAUUUGACUUCACUGUUUGGCUUUCAAUUAACUGUAUGAGAACCAUAAAGGGAACCUGUGGCUUAGACUGAUUUAACAUUUGAUCAGGCAUUACACUCCAUGGCACUUGGAUUUUCUCUCGGACUAAGGACUCUAACACCCCAGGUGGGAAAACAAGAACAAGACACCAAGGGGGAAAAGGAAGAUGAAAGACCGACUUCAAGAAUUAAAACAGAAAACCAAGGAAAUAGAACUCUCUCGGGACAGUCAGGUGUUUGUGGAAGAAGAACAAGGGGUGCUCGUCCAGCAAGCUGUCAUUUAUGAAAGAGAGCCUGUAGCUGAGAGGCACCUACAUGAGAUCCAAAAACUACAGGAGAAUAUUAACAGUUUUGUGGAUGAUGUUCAACGAUUUGGACAGCAACAGAAAAGUCUAGUGGCUUCCAUGAGAAGGUUUAGUCUACUUAAAAGAGACUCUACCAUUGCAAAGGAGAUAAAAAUCCAAGCAGAACACAUAAACAGGGCAUUGGGUGACGUAGUCAAAGAAGUGAAAAGGUCAGAGGUUGAAAAUGGUCCGUCAUCAGUGAUCACAAGGAUACUGAAGUCUCAGUAUGCUGCCAUGUUCCACCGCUUCCAGCAAACCAUGUUUCUAUACAAUGACACAAUAGCUUUAAAGCAAGACAAAUGCAAAACGUUUAUUGUCCGUCAGCUUGAAGUGGCCGGAAAAGAAGUUUCUGAAGAAGAAGUGAAUGACAUGCUUCACCAUGGAAAAUGGGAAGUUUUCAAUGAAAGCUUACUUACAGAGACCAGUAUCACUAAAGCACAGCUCUCAGAGAUUGAACAGAGACACAAGGAACUUGUGAAUUUGGAGAACCAAGUGAAGGACCUCCGGGACCUUUUCAUUCAGAUAUCUCUUCUGGUAGAGGAACAGGGAGAGAGCAUCAACAGCAUUGAGGUGAUGGUGAAUAGCACAAAAGAUUAUGUUAACAACACCAAAGAGAAAUUUGGACUGGCUGUAAAAUACAAAAAAAGAAACCCCUGCCGGGCCCUGUGCUGUUGCUGUUGCCCAUGCUGUGGCUCCAAAUAAAGAUGCUACUUUAGCAAUGUU